GAGGAGGCCGAUGGAAUAGCGCCCCCUUAUGGACAAAACAGGAAACAAAUUAUACACUGAAAAAAUGACUGUGUGGUGAAAUCUAAUAUAAAUGAAUCUGUGAUAUCAGCAAUAAAGUAUGUAGUAUUGAUUAAAUGUCCCUUUAAGUAUUCAUGUGUCCAGCGCGAAAUGAAAUACAUUUUAUAAUUCCAUUUGUGUUUUUCAUGAUAUUGUUCUACAGCUGACAUUAAUCCAUGUCCCUGGAAUAGACCUCUUAUUGGCGUGAUUUUUUCAGAUUAACCUGCUUUUAAUAAAUAACACGUCUAUUUAAAAUUAAUCAAUGGUUUUUAGUAUUUAAAUUUCUAUUUUGUUCCCUCACUGUCCUCUGUAAUUCUGAAAUUUGUUUUAAAUUUUUGCCUUUAAUUUGAAAUGUCUGACCGGAUCCUCUGUGCUGUUUUUGUAAACUUGGAUGCUGAACUUGGUUGGACUGAAACUUCUCCAUCAGGACCACAGGGAGGUUGGACCGACUCCAGUACAGCUUCAUGGACAUUUGUCUCCUGCUUCAGUCUCAGCAGAUGAAGGACAGCAGCGGCUCGGCGGAACCAUGAGGCUUCUCUGCUGCGUUUUUCUGCUCUUUCUGCGCAGCGCGGACCUCCGUCAUAACAUCACAGCCGCCGACUUCCAGGCGGAGGAUGCUGCGGGUUUGGCUGCGGGGACAGAGGAGAGGACCGGGCCGAACCGGACGGAAACUUUCAGCCUGAAACGGGUGACUCGAGGAGCCAAAGAUGGGAGUUUCAGGAGAAGAGAGCCCGUUUCCCAGAACGGUCCUCCCCGCAGACACGACGACCCGAGCGGCUUCUUCACCACGCCGCGGACGCACCGCCACUCCUCCGCCCCGCGGACCAACUCCUCCGCGGGGCUCCUGAAUCCGCUGCUCCCGGUCACGGAUGCCUCUUACUGGGCGUACGCGGUGCUGCUGCUCGCGCUCGUGCUGUUCGCGGCGGGUCUCGUGGGGAACCUCGCGCUCAUGUGCAUCGUGUGGCACAGCUUCUACCUGAAGAGCGCGUGGAACUGCAUUCUCGCGGGACUGGCCUUCUGGGACUUCCUCGUGCUCUUCUUCUGCCUACCCGUGGUCAUCUUUCACGAGCUCACCUUGAAGCGGUUGCUAGGAGACCUGUCCUGUCGGCUCGUGCCCUACCUGGAGGUGACCUCUCUGGGCGUGGCGACCUUCAGCCUCUGCGCUCUGAGCAUCGAUCGUUUCCACGCCGCCACCUCGCCCUCCCCCCACCAGACGCCAAAGGUGGAGCCGUGCCGCUCCAUCCUGUCCAAGGUGGGUGUGAUCUGGGUUGGCUCCAUGGUGCUGGGGGCUCCAGAGUUGCUGCUGUGGCAGCUCGUCCAACAGACCGUCAGCCUGCCGGCGCUGACCUCUGACCUGCCUCAGCACCAGCCGGCGGCCUCCCUCCUGGCCUCUCUAAGGGCAGACAGGGUGAAGGUGGACGCCUGCAUCCGCGAGCCGUGGGCGGAGCUCCCGGAGAGCGUCUACGCGCUGGUUCUGACCUACCACCAGGCCCGCGUGUGGUGGAUCUUCGGCUGCUACCUGUGCCUGCCGCUGCUCUUCACUCUGGCCUGCGACCUGGUGACCAGGCGGGUUCUGGCACAGCGGGAGCCACAGAAACCCAGCACUGAGAAGGUGACCAGCAGGUGCUCUUCCUCCUCCUCCUCCUCCUCCUCUUCCUCCUCGGGGAAGAAGAAGCAGCAGGUGAGGGAGCAGAGGCUGCGUACCGCCGUGAUGGCGCUCACUGCCCUGUACGUCACCUGUAAUCUGCCUCAAAGCGUGUGCAGCAUCACCCUGGCCUACGUGUCCGCCCCGGUUCUGGUUCUGCCGGCGCUGGCUCUGGUCGAACAGUUCCUGCUGUUCAUUCGCUGCUCGGCGACACCGGUUCUGCUGCUGUGCCUCUGCCGCUCUCUGGGCCAGGCCUUCAUGGACUGCUGCUGCUGUUGCUGCGACGAGUGCCUCCCUGACUCCUCCUCUUCCUCAUCCUCGGCCUCCACCGCCCCCACCUCCACCCUCUCCUCACCCUCCUCACCCUCGCCUUCCUCCCUCGCCCCCUCUGGCAAAGAGGAGGCGAUGAAGAGCAUGGCGGCAGAAAAGGCGGUUUGUGAGGCAGUGAAAGACUCUGCAGCCGCCAUCGGGACGCCCUGCUGAGCCCAGAGCACAAAACCACCAUUUAAAGGCAUAGUUAGUGUUUUCUACAUCGGGGUUGUGUGAAGUAGUUAUGAAUAAUUAGCGUCUUACAUGCAGAAUUCAUUCCACAUGGCUAAAAGUAGCUGUGUUUCCAUUACAGUUGUGUGCACAUCUUUGUCUAUAUUCUGGGGUUGGGAUGUGAUGCGUUCACUGAUUCACACUGCUUUCAUCACUUCAUUAUUAUCAUUUUCAGACGUUGUUUACGUCCAGAUUUCAAGUCUGGCUUCUUCUGCUGCAGAAUUAUGAGGCAUGUCGGAUAAAAUGCGACAUGACCGUUCGGACUGUAGAACCUUUGAAAAUUAUUGGAUGGGAUUCAGGUCCAGAUAUGAAAGCAGCUCUGACUGAUUUUAUCGGGUCGUUCAGUGAAACAGUUGGAUAAAACUGAAUUGUACUUGGGUUUUGUGAAUGUAGCCAUGGUGACUGAGGCCCAAACUGUUAACCACAGCAGGGUAGAUACUGACUGCUUGGAACUGCUUCACACAACCCUUUUUCAUUUUAUUUUUUUUAAAUGAUCCUUUUUGAUAUUAUGAAUUCUUGGGGUUUAUUUUAACAUUUUCAAAUAGUAAAAAUAUGUCAUGUAGUAAAAGAGCUGAGCUACUUUGAGAACACAUUUCCUUUUUUCUAUCUUUUUCUGUGAUCCAGAAGAAUGAAAGAUAAUAGGAAAUUCUCUCUGAUUUCCUUUUAUUUAUUCUGGAAUUGCAGACAAAAUAAAACCCAGGAAAUAAUUUUAUGUAAUCAUAUUUUCAGGAGGUUCUGUAGAGCAGACAAUUAUGUCCCUUUUGUUAGAAAAUUACAAAUUUUAGAUGCAUUUCUUUGUAAAUGUUUGUAGAUAAAUAUUCUUACUGUUUUCCAGUUUCAUAUUUUUCUGUUUUACUAAUAUUUGUUCAGGAUUUCUGUCCGUCCUGUUCUCAGUACUGUACGACAUGAAAACUAAUUAUACUUCGCUAAAAUUCAGUUAUUCUGAAUUAUGGCUGUUUAUUUUACAGCAUGUUUUUGCUGGCUGUUUUUUUACAUUUUGUUUCAAUAAAAUGUUAUUUUUCUUCUU